GCAAUCAUUAACUCCUGAGUUGAAACAACAGAAGCGCGGAAGAGUAUCCGCCGGGCACGGUUAGCUAGACGGUUGCUACACGAAUACACAAAGUGACUUUUGGAAAGAGGAAGGAAGGAUCGACUCAGCAAGAAAAAGGAAGACACGGUUUUGAUGCGUGCAGCGUUGGCACAUCAGCAGGGUCACGUAAAUGGACUACAGCACGGAAGGAACGCAAGCGGCCAGGAGUAUCGAACUGAACGAUGGCUCAAAAAUGCCACUUUUGGGUCUGGGGACAUGGAAGCCCUGCCAUCUUCCUCGCACGUCCGUCCAGGGCGCCGUGGAGGCCGCCAUCGCGGCCGGCUACCGCCACGUUGACACUGCGUCCUGCUACGGCAAUGAAGCGGACAUUGGCAAGGCGCUCCGCUCCAUGAUGCGGCAGGGCGUCAUCAGUCGCCAGGACAUGUUCAUCGUCAGUAAGUUGCGGCGUACGCAUUAUGGACUUGAAGACAUCCAACUGUGUCUCAAUAAAUCCUUGCAAGAUCUCCAGUUGGACUACCUGGAUCUAUACCUCCUACACUCCCCCGCUGGAAUAAAGAAAACGUGUGAGGACCAUGAAGCUUCUUCUAUAGACUAUGUGGACGUAUGGACGGGCAUGGAAUCACUGCUCGCUUCAGGAAAAGUAAAGAACAUCGGAGUGUGCAACUUUAACAUCAUGCAGCUGGAGAGACUUCUUGCUCUUUGUAAAAUUCCUCCUGCUGUCAAUCAGGUGGAGCUACAUCCAUACCUGACACAGCCAGAGCUGACAAAAUUCUGUAAAUCCCGGAAUGUUGCCCUGAUAGCCUUCAGCCCCUUCGGCUCCCCUGCAAGACCACCGCAACUAUUAAGAGAAGGUGCUGACCCAAAUAAGCUCCUGCAAGACCCAGUGGUUGCAGAAAUCGGCAAAAAGCACAAACGCAGCCCUGCACAGGUAUUGCUGAGGUACCACGUACAGCAAGGAAUUGCCGUCAUUCCCAGGAGUGACAAGUCUCAUCAUAUUCUUGAAAACACAAAGAUCUUUGACUUCUGUCUAAGCGAAGAAGACAUGACGGCACUGAGGGGAUUGGAACGAGGCUGGAGGGCCCUCCAUCUUGAUGAGUAAAUCCACGCCAUCUUUUGUAUCAUUUAUGAAAAUGGAUGAUUUGGCACGUUGCUUAUCUUUCUUUUUCUACACAAUAAAUAAAUAAAUAGCAUUAAAUUCCAUAAUAUUACUUGCACGAGUCAUGUGACACGAGGAGAAGUCAUACAAGAGAUGUCACUCACAAGUCAGGUCCUGAUGUUUUUGGGCAAAGUCCUUGCUGAUCUUUCAGCUUGGUUGGAUGAUUGGUUUCCUUCUGGAGACGACGAUAUCAACGG